AUGGACUCACUGGAUACAGUGCAAAAACACGAACUGCCACCAACCAAUCAAAAACGUAUGGUAGCAUUCAUCAAUCAUUUCAUCGUUAGCACCGUUACAUUCCUGAACAAAUUUGCAUCCGACUGCGAGACCAGGUUUGUGAAUUAUGAGCAAAAAAUACAAAACCUAGAGGCUUCCCUUAUGAUAGUGGAAGCAAAACUGGCCUCCAUUGACGUGUUGAAACAGCCCGAUAACACAGCGGCGAUUGAAGGCAAACGUAGCGACAUUAUCCCUUCGACCGAAGUCACAACCGAAGUGGUCGAAACGAAACCAGUGGAAGAUAAAGAAUCUCAACCGAACGUAACCGCCACCGAAAGGGAUCCAAAGUAUGAUCCAUACUUCAAAAUGCUUCACGUUGGCGUACCACUGGGAGCAGUGAAAAACAAAAUUGCAUCCGAAGGUUUAGAUCCCGGCUAUAUUGAUCAAUUUCUAUAA